ACUUUAAACCAAGAAUCGGAACCUGAAGUAAAAGUAGCCGGAGGAGGAAGACAAGGAGCUUUAGUCUGAAGAGCAGGCCUUCAAGGGAUAUAAUACUUCAAGAAGGACGGGCACUAUUAGUGCCUAUCUAAACGACCAGUGGGCAAUACCUGCUGUUUCUCUUAUUUAUUUCUACUGACAACAUUGCAGUAUUUAAAAGAUUUUCCUUGAGCCGUACAUUGACCUGUCAUCUGGGAUUGUGUGUCUGAGGGGGUCAAAGAAUGAUGCAAAGCGCAGCACUGGGGACUGAAGGCUCUGCUACUAAGGGGCUUACAGAGAUUCUUGGCGUGCCAUUGCAACAAAUUCCACAGUGUGCAAGCUGCAAUCAACACAUCCUGGAUAAGUUUAUCUUGAAGGUACUGGACAGGCAUUGGCACAGUGGUUGUCUAAAAUGUGCUGAUUGCCAGGGCCAACUAGCUGAAAGGUGUUUCUCUCGGGCUGGUAGUGUCUACUGUAAAGAAGACUUCUUCAAGCGAUUUGGUACCAAAUGUACGGCAUGUCAGCAGGGCAUCCCCCCAACCCAGGUGGUCCGAAAAGCACAGGACUUUGUUUAUCAUCUGCACUGCUUUGCAUGUAUCAUCUGUAGCCGCCAGCUUGCCACAGGGGAUGAGUUUUACCUCAUGGAGGAUGGGAGAUUGGUUUGUAAAGAGGACUAUGAAACAGCAAAGCAGAACGAUGAUUCAGAGGCUGGUGCCAAAAGGCCACGGACCACUAUUACUGCCAAACAGCUGGAGACUCUGAAGAAUGCAUAUAAAAAUUCUCCUAAACCAGCAAGGCAUGUGAGAGAACAGCUAUCUUCAGAGACAGGGCUAGAUAUGAGAGUGGUACAGGUAUGGUUUCAGAACAGACGUGCCAAGGAAAAACGGCUGAAGAAGGAUGCAGGAAGGCACCGUUGGGGACAGUUUUAUAAGACUGUGAAGAGGAGUAGAAGUGGAAGCAAACAUGAAAAAGAAAGUUCAGCUGAGGACGGAGCACUCAGUGACAGCGAGCUGAGUUUCCAUGAAGACCAGAUUCUUUCAGAACUUGGCCACGCUAAUGGGAUUUACAGCAGCAUGGGAGAUGUUUCUUCUGGAAACUUGGUGAAUGGAAGCUUUUCUAUGGAGACAACAGGACAAUCACUCCAUGAGCUAAGGGGUGGCAGCCCUUAUGGAAUUCCACAAUCCCCCUCGUCUAUUUCAUCCUUGCCAUCCCACACUACAGUCCUUAACGGCAUUAAUUACUCCUUGGAUGGCAGUUUGAAUAUUCUAGCACAUGGUGGACAAGGAAUAAGUCAAACUCUUCGUGCCAUGGGAGGUGGGCCUAAUUCUGAUAUAUCAACAGGAAGCAGUGUAGGUUACCCUGACUUUCCAACAAGCCCUGCAUCUUGGCUUGACGAAAUGGACCAUUCACAAUUUUAAAUGCAUACUUUUGUUUCUGAAUUUAUUUCAUUUGCUUGAAAAUUAAAUAGAAGCAUCAAAAAGACAUUGCAUUCUUAAUGGACAUGCAUUAUUUCUAUCUGAAAAUGACUGAAAGUUCCAUUAUUUUCAAUGGAAAAUUUCCUGUGACUUGUGGAAGUAUGAAAGACAGUAAUCUGUUGUUUUUUGUUAUUUGCAUACUUGAUGGAGUGGGUAUGAAAGACAGGGAUCGUACUACAGCAUAUCGCUGUACAGGCACUAUGCACAGCAUACAGUAGGCAUCCAUGACACUGCUAAAGGACAAUUCCUUCUCUCCUUCUGCUUGUACUGUUUAUUUUGGCAUAACAUUAUGCUUCUAAUAUUUCACUCCUGAAGUAAUUUUGCAGCAGAAAAAUAAGAGGAUAGUGAUCAGGUUCACAGUAGGUUAACUUUUCCCUGCCUAAAGGCUGUCCACAGUUAGCUAGAAUAAAGGAUUUGAAACAACUUCCAAGGUUUAUAUGUUAUAUACAUGGUGGCACACACAGGUUUAUAUGUUAUAUACAUGGUGGCACACGUUCUAAAUUGAACUUGUUCAGUAGACUCAUGAAAGGAAUGUCAUACUGAACCACAGAGAGCACAAUUUCUAUCUUUAUCCUUUACUCUUUUAAGAAUCAAAAUGAUUUCAUCAUAUUAUUAAUGAUGGCAUUCUAGCUAGGUACAAUUGGAUAAUAAUUUUUCCAGACCAGUUUUACAUUUUGUCCACAUUUAUAAAGUCAACUUCUAAAAACUUGCAUUACAUCUGGUAAUGAGUACAUAUAUAUUUUCCAGAUAAAAUAAUAGAUUCCGAGAGGUUUACUUUUUCUUAAUCUAAUUUCAGUUUCCCUAUAUCAUUGCAAGACUUUUAUUGUAAGUGAAAACUGACUUCGUUUAAGCAGAUUCUGGUAAACAUCAGUAAAAAUACUAAGAUGAUGCAGCUAAGUGUAUCUUGGCAAAACUGGCAUUACAGUUCAAAUAUUUGCUAUCCUUUGGUCCUCUGAGGUCUUGAAAAUUAGAUAUAUUUUUGUGGAAAUAGAAAGAUCUGAAAUUACAAUAAUCAACAAACAAUAUAUAAUAACUAUCCAUGCAACGAUAAUGUUUAUCAAACAGGACUGUAGUUUUGAAGUGGCCUGAACAAAGAAGUGUCCCUCAAAGUUAAUAAUAAAUCUUUUUUUCAAUGGAAAGAGUCUGCAUUUUCCUUCAACAUCCAGGAGACAUUCCAGUUAGUAAAUCGGUGAACAUAAUUUGUCCAUAAAUGUGUGUGUGUGUGCGUGUGUGUGUGUGUGUGUGUGUGUGUGUGUGUGUGUGUGUGUGUGUGUGUGUCUCCUGCAAAGGACUGACAUCUUGUCCAGCACUGGAUUUCUGCUCUAUGUUGACUGCUUACCACAAUAGGCUUAGACUCCCCUGUGACCCUCUAUAGAAUAAAGCAGGUAUCAGAUAAUGAACGAAUGACCCAAUUAAUGUAUUAAUUUAUGAAGUAUGACAAUGAGAUCUGCUGCUGGCGAACAUGCUAAACUAUGUGCACUUGUACUAUAUUAAAUGUGUAUCAAAAUGUUUUUGAAAAUGUUUAUAUAUUAAACUACAAAACAUUACAGAUUAUUUCAAUGUACAGUUCCAAACUAUAAUGCUGCAAAGAUAGGGAACAUAAAGCAAUUUACAAAUAAGGAAUAUCUUUAAUGUCAAUUACGGAAAAGAAAUCAAAAUGAAAGGCAAUCAAGUAAAGUAAAUAAAUCAUUCCUGCACAGAGGGUCUGAAAAAGGACGUUAUUCAAGUUGGAUAAAGAUCUAUGUUUGUUCUACACCAAAAUCUUACUGGGUAUGUCGCACAGAUGAGAAGAGUGAACUGAGUGAAAUGGCAUAUCCUGUAAAAACAGCAUUGUCUCUUCUGAUUACACUAAAUGACAUUUUUAGUCACAAAUCAUCUCCACAUUGUCACUCUUAACUCAAAGUUUUUGAGUAAAUUGUUAAAAUGUCUGAUAACAAUCACACACAAUUGCAUGACUGGGAUGCAGAGGCCAGGUGAUAUGUAAUAUAUUUUCUGGCUGACUUUCUGUUAUAUGCAUUUUAUUGUGCAGAUAUAACUCUGUUAAUGAAAACACGGUGGGUGCUUGUAAUCAAAAACUAUAAGCCUACUAAUUUGACACAUUAUAAUCUUCAUCCUUGACACUUAUUAUAAUUAUUAUGAGAAUAAUACUUUGUAAUGAGUAAGUAUUGUGACAUAAGGUACAGACUAGAAGACAGAGAGGAAACGUAAGUGAUGCUGUGCAUAUAUUACUGACUCAUAAUGAAAAUGGAAAAGUAUUAUUAACCCCUUCAGACAUAAAUGUUCAUACAGAGACAAAAUUACUUUUGAAUUGUAAUUACACCUAAAAGAAACAUUACACUGAGUGAGCAGAGAGAAUACAUUACUUUAACUGCAUUGAUUUGCAUUUUUAAAAUUCUUAUUUGCUCUUCCUAAAUCUAAGAAAGUGACUGUCUGCAGUUUCCAGUGGCAUUUAAUGUAAUGUAAAUUCAUGCAAGAGUAAGUAGCAGAAUAUUUAGCUUCAUACUUGCAUUAAGUACAGAAUGAUUUUUUUCUUAGGAUCAUUCACUGUUUCAGAAAUCGUUUAGCACAAUUGUUUCCAAAAUAUUAAAAUACAGCAAAGUGAAUACACAAUAGAGAUAAGUAUCCCUUUAUAAUAACUGACUAGGCAGAUGAGUAAAGCAUACAUUUACAUGUAGAACUAUAGGUUACAUUGUGAAUAUGGAAAUGAAUUGGAAACUGAGUUGUUGAUGAACCUCUGUUUAUUGCUAGUUUAAGAAUGCAAGCUGUGUACCUUUUGGUAAACAUCCUGAGGUGUGGCAUAUGCAUAGAUAUUCAAGAAUGACACAGAUUUUUAAAAAUUGCAGAAAAGAUUGCAUUGUAAGAUCCUCAGCCACUGAAGCAUACCUGCAAGUGGUAACAGAGAUCCAUUGUUCCACUUAGCGACAACUCAGUCACUGGCCAGAAUAAGUGGGUUGCAGCAAAGUUCUGUUCUAUCCUCUUCCCAAGAUGUAUAUUCUCAGAUUAUACAUUUUGCUUCUCUGGAAAUUAACAAGACUAUAAAAAUGUAAUAGUAUAAUGUAUUUUUAAUACCCUUAUAUAAGUGAUAAUAUUCUUCAGAUGAUUGCUACAUUCUACUUCAAGAUGCGUAUGUAUUGAGCAAAAAGUAUUUAUUCCAAUUUAUAUUUUGCAGUGUUUAGUUAUUACUUAUUUCUUUAAAACAUGUUUUUUUUGCCUGGUUUGAUUUCUUAAGAUAAAUGAUUGUCUCAAGAUAGCAUGAUUAGCGCCAUUUUCUGUAUCUCUCUCUUUCAACCAUGCAGAAUAUAUCACAUGGUAAAUGAUGGUAUAACACUGUUCUCAGCUGAAACUAUGACUAGCCCAUAAAUAACAAAUUCUAUAGUACCUCUGCUUAGUAAAGAAAAGACCAAUUUGCUUUGGAGUCUUACCACUCAAGUCAUCAACAAAUGAAACCGUAUUCCCAAACACUUGAGUAGACAGGAUUUAGAGUCCAUAUUAUGUGUUGACCAAACCACACCUAACAACUUAUGGUUAUGUUUAGUUUUGCAGCUAUGUUUAGACUCAUUUAUCAUUCACAUUUAUACAAUUGGUGACACAAGGACUUUUAAAACACUGCUUACUAAGCUUUAUCUAAUUAUGUAUGAAAUACUUUGAAGAACUCCAGAAUUAGUCCUAGUUUAAUAUUACUUCUAGUAAGACUUUGGCCAGUCUAAGUAGGAAUACUGAGAUUUUGUCACAAGUGUAAGUACAGUAUUUUUAGAGACUUCUUGAAAAGGUCACUAUUUGGACCCAUCAUGCAUGUCAUUGCAUGUGAUGUUGCUCAUGGCUAUAUGUUACAGCAAUACUUCACCCAACAAUCACUUCACAACUUGCUGAUAAAUGAUGCACUACUCCCUUUUUGUUCCACUAGCCAAUGUUUAUUUGGCAGUGGAGAUGUAUGGAUUCUCCUGACUGAUAUUGUGCAUACUUCUCAUUCUGUAAAUAUUUUUGGAGACUGAUAUGGUUUUAGCACAUGUGUUAUGAACAGCUCCCAACUAAACACAGCCAGUGGUGUAGCAUCAUCUCCCUGUAAAUUUGUAAAGUCAAGAAAGUAAAAUUGUGUUUCAUGAAAGAAAAAGAUUAUUUAUUACACUGUGUGUCUGAAAACAAAAAAGUGGUGAGUUUAUUUGUAUAUGCCUUUUGUGCAUUGGCAUGAAAUGUAUACAUGUGAAAUCUAUGUAAAAUAAAUAUGUAAAGUUCAUAAAAA